ACAGUCAAGACGGCACCAAAAAAAGUUAGAGGCCCAAGACGUGUAAGGGUUUGUCCCUAAGAAGGUUGUGGGAUAAGGACCCAGCAGUUGCCGAGGCAUCUGAUGAAUAUCCAUCGCAUUGACAAUGAAAAGGCUAACGCACUUUCCACUGCAUUAUUUCAUCAAGACGGUCAGGGUAGAGGCAGAAACGAUGGUGACGAUGUAGACAAGGUUAGGUGUUUUUUCCCCCAUUGCAAUGCCAAGGUUGUUAACCUGCACAAGCACAUUGUUGAAGUUCAUGGCAAAAGCAAGAAGAUAACAUCCAGAAUGAUCCGAGAUAAAAAGUAUGGAAUUGAAAUUCCAAAUGGAAUGUUUGAAGAUGAGGUAGAAGACCAGGAUGUGGAGGUCGUGGUGAAGAUGGAGAGGGGAGAAGAGAAGGCUAAAGAACAAGAGGACGAGAUGGAGAGUUCAGUUGAGGUUUCGGAACAACCUUGGGUGGGCGAGGAAGAGAUGGAGGAGGAGGAAGAUGAUGAUAUGGAGGAGGAGGAAGACGAGGAGAUGGAGGAAGACGAGGAGAUCGAGGAGGAAGAAGAGAGCGAUAGAGACUACACGCCAGAUACCUAUAGGGCAAAUGAAAAGGCUCACGACCAACUCACCAACAAAGAGGCCCAAUCUCUAAGUGCUGCCUUAGAGGGGUUGUACCUCAACAAGUUCCAUCCUUUAUUUUUAUCCCAAGCGUUAUUUUUUACUUAG